UACUUUGGAUACGUGCUGUAUCUCAGUGAGAUUUCAUUCCAAAACAGACAUUUCUGUUUUAUGGUGUUGAAUAGUGCUGUCGAUGCACAAUACUUCGAUAAUGACCCACUGUUUUUAGGUUGUAUUGUGUUGUGUUGGUGACAGGGCUGUUUACAUUGACACCACUGUGGAGAAUACGUUAGCGUAACCUGAGAGUUAAGUUCUUUGAAAUCUUUACGUUUCCUCCCAGGCGCUCCCGGGGCAAAGGGAGCGGCUCUCCUGGGAACAAGUUUCUUUUAGAAAAGGCCCUUUGGCUCAUCUAAUCCUGUGUGUUCCCCGACUGUUGGAGCUCCUCUUAGACCUGCUGACAAUAUUUUACAACAGUGAACACAGGCGUAGUUAUCAGUCAUGAGUGGUUACGUGAUCUUUGUUUUUGGUGAAAAGACAGUGCUUCCUGUAUUUUUUUCCACCCUGUAUUCAAAGUUGCCUCUGUCCCCUAGCCUUAGCCUCAGGAAUGACGGUUAUGGAAGACUGGAAGAGUCUAAGGUUCCUCAACUGUGGGACAUUUUUGCAUCAAGCCUAUAGCAGCCUUUAAGAAGAAACAACACUUGUCUUUGUUUCCCGAUCCCAAUUGUAGCCUGGAGUGAAACGUGCUGUGUAGUGUCGUGUAGGCCCACUGCUGGUUAAUGUUAGCCCGUCCAGGGGGCCACCAGGUUUCUGAGUAACAUGGUCAGUACACCCAGGGGGAUUUGGGUUGGAGGCUAUGUUAAUGUUAAGCUCAAUUGAGUGCACACACCAGUCACCCUCUCAGUCAUCAGAGGCAUUUCAGAGAAGGGCAUGACCACAGUCACAUGCAGUUGCUAAGCAGCCCAGCAGCUCUUAAUGAGGGACUGACAGAGGUACUGACUUUGUGUUUCUUGUGCUUUGGCCUCAUUUGAUUUGGGAGAAUUAGAGGGACAAAAAGGGCCAGUCUGUCCCUCUGUUGAGGGGUUGUUAGACCCUGCAAUGUAGGGGCCAUGCCGAGUUAUCUAAUAGUACAGGCUCCAGGUUAGGGUUAUAGGCAAACCUGUUUUUUGGGACCUGGCUGGCCUUGCUGUAUUGAUGGGCCAGUGCGAUGUCAUUAGAAUGAGCGCAACUUCUCCAAAAAUACAGAACCAGUCCAGCACCAUCAUGAAUCUCUACAUAACGUAGGUUACUCGCUGCUGAUAAUUUCGUAAUAGCUGUAGAAGAAGACAAGCGGACAAUCAAGCUCUUUUGCCGAACUGUAACUCAUCACCUGCUAACACCUCAGUGCUGUGUACACACAUGUCUACUAGAAACAGCCUUUUGAGCACCCUUUAAUGUUUGCACGAGCCAACAUGUCUCCCGAAACGCUGCACUGUACAACAAGCCAUUCGUGGAGUCCUUUGAGGAGACCCCUCUCCUGGUCGCCGUCCUCACGUACAUGGGCUAUGGAAUCCUCACCAUUUUCGGAUACCUCCGUGACUUCCUCAGACAGUGGAAAAUUGAGAAGUGCCACAUUGCCAGGGAACGUGAGGAGCAGAAGGACUUCGUCCCUCUCUAUCAGGACUUUGAGAACUUCUACACCAGAAACUUGUACAUGAGGAUCCGGGACAACUGGAACCGGCCCAUCUGCAGCGUCCCUGGAGCCCGAAUGGACCUGGUGGAGCGGGUCACCCACGACUACAACUGGACCUUUGAACACACAGGCAGGGUGAUUAAGGACGUCAUCAACAUGGGCUCAUAUAACUACCUGGGCUUUGCGGAGAACAUUGGCACGUGUUCUGACGCAGCCACCAAGGCUACCCUGCAGUACGGAGUGGGAGUCAACAGCACCAGGCAUGAAAUGGGAAACCUGGAUAAACAUGUGGAGUUGGAGAACCUGGUUGCCAGAUUUCUGGGCGUUGAGGCUUCCAUGGCUUUUGGGAUGGGCUUUGCCACAAACUCUAUGAACAUUCCUGCUUUGACAGGAAAAGGUUGUCUGAUUUUGAGUGAUGAGUUGAACCAUGCCUCUCUGGUGCUCGGGGCAAGGCUGUCUGGAUCCACUAUUCGCGUCUUCAAACACAACAAUAUGCAGAGUCUGGAGAAGCUCCUGCGAGAUGCCAUAGUACACGGCCAGCCCCGAACACACCGGCCCUGGAAGAAGAUUCUCAUUCUGGUAGAAGGAAUUUACAGCAUGGAGGGCUCCAUUGUGCGUCUGCCUGAGGUGAUUGCACUGAAGAAGAAGUACAAGGCCUAUCUCUACCUGGAUGAGGCCCACAGCAUUGGGGCACUAGGACCCAGGGCCAGAGGCGUGGUGGACUACUUUGGCUUGGACCCACGGGACGUAGACAUCAUGAUGGGGACCUUCACUAAGAGCUUUGGAGCAGCAGGUGGCUACAUUGGUGGCAAAAAGGAGCUGAUUGACUACCUGCGCACACACUCACAUAGCGCAGUCUAUGCCACCUCCAUAUCGCCACCAGUCGCCCAACAGAUCAUCACUUCUAUGAAGUGCAUUAUGGGAGAGGAUGGCACUAAUCUUGGUCGGGACCGUCUCCGACAGCUCGCAGAGAACACUACAUAUUUCCGGCGGCGGCUGCAGGAGUCGGGCUUCAUCAUCUACGGAAAUGAAGACUCCCCAGUGGUGCCCCUGAUGCUCUACAUGCCUGCCAAGAUUGGAGCGUUUGGACGGGAGAUGCUGAAGAGGAACAUCGGCACAGUGGUGGUGGGUUUCCCAGCAACACCCAUCAUCGAGUCACGGGCACGUUUAUGUGUUUCAGCUGCUCACACCAGAGAGAUGCUUGAUACGGCAUUAAACGCCAUCAGCGAAGUCGGGGAUCUGCUCCAGUUGAAAUACUCACGACACAGGAGGCCAUCACCUCUCGAGGAGGCUGCGUUGUUCCUGGAGAGCCAGGAGUGAUGGCAACCACCGCAACAACAACACAACAACGAGGCGAGACACAACCAUCCACCACUAAGCCGUCAGCGCUGACGUCCAUAGUUGUCCUCCCCUCUGUCUUGUCCUGUCUUUGUGUUCACAUGUUGUGUGUGUCACACGCUUGUUACUUUUUCCCUUGUGUUGGCCAGGUUGCCUUGGAUGAGUGUCUCAUCUGUCACAUCAGAGUUUUUGUCUAUUUUUUUUUCGUGUUUUGUUUGUUUGUUGUAUGACUGGAAAGACAUUUAUAUCAUUAUGAUCGCAAGAGAAUUUUAAUAGAAGAUUCUCAGGAUUGUUAGCAACACUAUCAACUUUCUGAGAAAAGAGCUUGUACAUUUCAUGAUAUCUAGUCCUUGGUGUUCAAAUUGUAGUCCCACCAAAUUUCAUGAGUACCACUUAAAUUUUCAAUUCAAAGAGAUUUGUUUGUCAUGAUGGGCAUCAUGACAUUAAUCGAAUAGUCAUGAACCUUGAGCAUGAAUCCCUAAUGUUACAGGCCUCAAAUGCCCUAAACGGCAUAAACUCUUUUGUAUUAUCAUUAUUUUUUACUAUGUAAACAUUGCUUUCAUUCCAUCAAAGCAUCCACCAUCUCGGUCUUAACUUGAAACCUUUGUUUUGGAAUUUCCUCUCUUACUGUAAAUGUUUACUCUUUGGCAUUGACCUUGAACUUGCAAUUGCCUUCUACUACUUGACCUUGUUGCCGUGGCAACCCCAGAGCAGGUGUGUCUGUUUGGGCUUCCUGUCUGACAGCAUAGAGUAAUGACAGGCCAUCCCUCUUAUCAUAGAGCUGAAAGCAUACAGAUUGCAAUGAGGAAAGUGGAAUUCGUCUUAUACUUUUUAUGAGUCUUAAUGCCUUCUUUAAUAGAAAAAAAAAAGAACUUUUGCACUCUUCAAAUGAUGAUAAAGCUGUGUAUGAGAUAUUUGUCAGUUCUGCAGAUUGAUAUCUUAGGCUUCACUGAUUAUUUUUACUUUGACAGUCCUCACUGAAGUAGUUGUUAGGAAGCGUUGAUGUCAAAAUGAUGCGCUUCCAUCUGAACAUAUGACGAUAACGCAUGUAUGAGAUGCUUGUCCGACGUACAGAGAAUCCUUUAAUUUAUUGACUGAGGUUUUGAGUUGUCGUUUGUCAUUCUGUCCCCUCUUUUUCUGACUCACUUGUUCUUAAUUGCCCAGAGGCAGCUCUGAAGGUUUGCGUUAGCGGUGCGCGUACUACUGAUGAGCGUUUGGACAUACGUAGAUGAUGUAGUCACUGAAGCGACUAGUUUCAGUGUCACUGUGGACCUUAAUGCUACUGUGCUGUUAUUAUUUUCUACAGAAUACCAAAGGGCAUUCCAGAAUCUUUUACUUGUUUUGUUGUCUUUGUCUCUUUUUACAUGACAUUUCAAUAUUCAGUUUCCAGAAGUAAACUGGUCAGUAAUUUCUGCCAAUGAGACUGAUAUGGCUAAAGUUACAUGUUUGUUUUGUCUCCAUAACUGUGAUUUUAAUUUGUUCAAUGUGACUUCAUUAAAUACCAUUUGUACCAAAAUGAC